AACCAGUGCACCACCAGGUUAUCGAAUUGAGGUUAUAUAAUUAAUUUCACAAUUUUCAAAAGAUUAUGCAAGAAAAAAGAAACAGGCAGUGGUGUUCCCAUAGAAAAAAAAUAUAGUGGUGUAUUUUAAGAUUUUUUAAAUUACAUUCAGUGGUUAAACAUGUUUUUGAGCUCCAUUGUUGAAAGGUAAUGUGGAUUUGUGGAAUUUAUUUUAGCUUUCCAUAAGUGGUGCUGAAAUAAUAAUAUAUUAUGCAUCAAUGUUCUUGAAAAAAAAGAGUGUGAAUUGAAGUACUAACAUCAGAAAUGUCUGGUGCACAAGAUAUCACUUGUCUGUUGAGGUCAUUCAAACUUAUAGCUGAGGCAGGUAUAAAACUACAAGGAACACACUUGUGUUACCUUUGGAGAAAUUCUAGUAUACCACCUGCUCUAGGAAGCUAUUUGGAGUCAUGUAAGAAUUUUUCAAAUGAAAAUAGAUUCAAUUUCCAAGAAAUAGGUGAUAUAACAAAAGAUGGUGCAGAACGCCUAAACACAGUUUUUCAGGGAUUACUGGUAUAUGGAGGUGUGGCUUCCAAAAAAGAGCAUAGUGUUCCUAUUAUUUCUCCAGAAGUUAAUGAGAGGACUAACCAAAAAUCAAUUGGAGCAAAUUCCAGCCAACAGAUUAUACCAACAAAAGAUGAAAAGGAACACAAUAUCACGAAUCCAACAUAUUCUAGUGUAGAGAAAACAGACAGAAGUCCUUUCACCCCUAAAUAUCCUAUUUACAAAAUCAAAUUAACAGACAGUGAUAAAGAGCUUUUACAAAGACUUGACAUGGAACAUAGGGCAAAAUUGAUUAAAGCAACUGAAAGACAAGAUUAUGUGGUUGGUGAUGAGAAGCAACUAGUUGGAAGCUCUAAGACAUCUGUUCAGAACCUUGAUAGGCCUACUAAGAACACAAGUCCUCAUGUUGUCUCUGUUCCAAAUCCCAAAUCAAAGCAAAAGUUAUCUGACCAUGCGAAACAAAGGAAAGUACCGUCGUCCCGAAUCGGCCGCAUGGUCUCUUUCGGGACCUUGGCCGCAGGCCUCGGCAUCGGAACGGCCACAGAGUACGCCAAAAGAUCUUUCGGCAUGUCCGAUACGCCGCCGGACGCUUCCAGUCUGUUCAUGAGCAAAGCGAACAUGGACCGCAUCGUGGAUACGCUCUGUAAGGUCAGAGGGGCCGCUCUGAAGCUGGGCCAGAUCCUGAGCAUACAGGACGAGUCGAUCGUGAACUCGGAUCUGGCGAAGGCUUUGGAGAGGGUCAGGAAGUCAGCUGACUUUAUGCCCAAUUGGCAAGUGGAACAGGUGAUGUCCUCAGAACUGGGCCCGUCAUGGCGUGACAACUUCCUCGAGUUUCAAGAUCGCCCUUUUGCCGCAGCUUCCAUCGGCCAAGUGCACCAGGCCAAACUGAAAGACGGUUCAGAGGUAGCCAUAAAAAUCCAGUAUCCUGGAGUGGCGAGAGGCAUCGAGAGUGACAUAAAUAAUCUAGGGGGGAUAAUGAAAAUGUGGAACGUAUUUCCCAAGGGGAUGUUCUUGGAGAAUUUGAUGACGGUGGCGAAGAGAGAGCUGGCUUGGGAAGUGGAUUAUGUAAGAGAAGCGGAGUGUACGAAGAAAUUCAGGGAUCUUCUUGCACAGUACGAGGAUUAUCGUGUGCCUUCGGUUAUUGAUGAGCUAUCUACUAAGCAAGUUUUCACAACGGAGUUGCUCGACGGGAUCCCAGUUGACCAGUGCUUCGAUUUGGAUUUGGAACAUCGAGAAUUUAUAGGCGAGAAAAUAAUGGAACUUGUGCUUUUGGAAAUCAUGAAAUUCAGAUAUAUGCAAACAGAUCCUAACUGGGCGAAUUUUUUGUAUAGCCCAGAAAAGAAACAACUCUUGUUACUGGAUUUCGGUGCUAGUAGGGAGUAUUCCAAAGAGUUCACUGACCAAUACGUUAAAAUAUUGAAAGCAGCCUGCGACUCGGAUAGAGAUACUGUUUUGCGUGUUUCGAAAGACCUUGGAUUUUUGACUGGCUAUGAAAGCAAACUCAUGGAAGAAGCACAUGUCGACGCCGUGAUGAUUUUGGGCGAAGUAUUCCGUGCAGAAGGCAAAUAUAACUUUGGGAGUGUUGAUAUGGUGCAUAGAUUGCAAGAUUUGGCUCAAAUCAUGAUUGUACAUCGAUUGUGCCCCCCGCCAGAAGAGGUGUAUUCCUUGCAUAGGAAAUUGUCGGGAGUGUUUUUGUUGUGCUCGAAAUUGAAAAUUUCUUUAUCUUGCAGGGACAAAUUUUUGAGGUUGUACGAUGAAUAUGUCGAUGUAAAUAAAUUGUAAUACUGAAAGAAGAAAUAUU